AUGGCUUCGGCCAGUGGUAUCACAACGGGCUUUCCAGCCUACGGCAAUGUUCUUGAAAAUAAUCCAGGCGAAGGUAUCAUCGUGUCGAACCAGAGUCUGGUGCUGCAGAAUGUAAGCCGCGCUCGUGGAGGUAUCUACACUUGCAUCGGUAGCAACCGAGAAGGCGAUGGUGAGAGCAAUCCAGUGCAUCUGGAUAUACGAUUUGCGCCCAUUUGCCGGCCUAGCCAACGCUUUGCUUACAGUUCCGGUCGACAUGAAAUGGUUAAAAUUGCCUGCGAAAUUGAAGCGAAUCCGUUGGAGGCGACAUACAUCUGGAAAUUCAAUGCAUCAAUCGGCGAGACUAUUGACAUACCAGCAUCACUCAUAGCGGUGGAUCGAGGAAGAAGCAUAGCACACUACACGCCCAUGACGGAGAAUGACUAUGGCACUCUGCUGUGCUGGGCCAGCAACGAAAUUGGCGACCAGAGUGAGCCGUGUGUUUAUACUAUCACACCAGCAGGCGAACCGGAUCCAUUGGUUAACUGCACGCUACUCAAUCAAACGUCGACUGGCUUUCAAAUUGAAUGCAUCGAAGGCUUCGACGGCGGUCUACAGCAGGAUUUCAUUAUGGAAGUGUAUGUGAAUGGAACGACACGCCAUCCAAAAAUUUACAAAUCAAAAACGCCUUACUUUGAAGUGCGUGGGCUGGUGCCCGGUAUCGGUUACAAUGUAUUCCUGGUGGCGCACAAUACAAAAGGACGAAGCAAUGCAACAAUUUUGCAAGUUUAUACACUCAAAGAUCCUGAAAAACAAACGGACCUCUCACUCGCCUAUGCGCCCGUAAUCGAGGAUAUCCGGCCAUUUCUCGGCAUUCUGGUCGGCAUUGUGGCCAGCAUUUUCCUGGUGGCGCUCAUCAUUGUCAUCAUUGUCCGUAUGCGCGGCUCAUCUGGACGCGAUCGCAAUAACUAUUCGCAUCCAUCGGCGGCCAGUGGGCGUGGCAACAAUAAUGGCAGCGUCAGCAUCGGAACACUGCACAAUGGUCAAUCAAUACAGGAUAUACGCAUCGGUCGGGACACCUGCCAUGUGACGAGCAGCCUGGAUAGUAUAGACAAGAACCCGGACAUUAUACCACAAGAUGGCCGCGACGAUGAUGAAGAAUGGACCACCAAGGGACAUAAUCGCGCUUAUGCAACUGCGGCGUUAGCGGAGCAGAACGCCGUCAUCACCUCGUCGUCGUAUGAUCACAUAAUGCCAACAUAUGCCAUUGUCGAUAAGAAGGCAUCGACGAAUCAUUUGCAACAAUUUCAACAGCAGCAUCAGCAACAACAACCACCGCCGCCGUCGCAUGGGCAGUACAUUCACUACAAUGCGCUGAUGCCAGUGAGCAAAAUGGGCGGCUAUGCCCAACAACAGCAGCAACAGCAGCAACAGCAGUCGCAUCAGCAACAAAACAAG